AAUUACAAGUAAAAUUGGCUGCUAAAUAAGAGGUUCCUUUUACUUAAAUUUUUAGUUUUACAUUUCUGAACUCGAUCAUAAUUUAGGAAUUCGCUGUUUACAAUUAAACGCAUUUCUAUACGAGUGAGGUCUGCAUUUCUAAAGAAGAUCCUAAAGUCUUCUUUAAAAUAUUCUCCCAGGCCUUAAAAACUUAAAUUGGCUUAAAUUAAAGUCUGUUGUCAUUAUUGUAAAUUAAUAAAUACUUAAUUAAAUAGUAUAGUAUAAUUAUAAUAUUAAUAGUCUUUGUACACAUUAUUCAUAACAGAAAUUGGCUGCAUCAAAUUCCAAUUUUAAUAUAACCCAGCUAAAAUUCUGCGUAAAGUUUGUUCAGAUUUAAAAUUAAAAGCUCGUUGUAAUUUUUGUAAAAUGCCAUAUUUGCGUUUUUUUUUAAAUGAGUAAGACUUUUAAGAAUAAUUUAUAAUUAUAAUAUAAGUGAAAAUUUGAGGCCUGGAGGCUAAACCAAAUGUUCUGGCUAAAGUUACCAAUUGAGUUGCUAACUAGAAUUAACAUUCAGCAUCUGGGCUGCCAAAUUCAAAUUUGAUAUUUUGAGUCUCAGUUUCAAUAAAUAUUUAAUAUUAUAUUAUAUUAUGUGUCAUGGGCCAAAUGUUCUGCCUGCAAUCUAUGACCCCCACAUAUGAGAAGAUAGAGGCAUUAUGCUAGAACUCAAAUCACCUUUCCUUUAUUUAGUCAUGACCCCCAUAUUAUAAUAAUAAAGGCAACUUUUCAAGCAACCCCAAUACUAAUUCAUUAAAAAAAAUAAAUUAAUAGUUGAAUAAGUUGAAUAAGAUAUGUUAUGAUUUAUUAAUGAUUUAGAUAAGACCUGUCUUUUCUUUUAAAAACUGUGUUUUUACCACUCACCAUAUUAUUAUGCUUACAGUUAAAUUAAUGAAUUCAGAUUCUUAUUUUAAUACUUUAUAAUAGGCUACUUAUUUUGUUCCAGAAUCAUGUCUGUGAUCAAAUUAUUUAUCAAUGACACAUUUUUUGGACUAAAAGACUCACUAAGUGGAUGGUGGGUAGCCUUAAAAUGCUGGCGGGAUGAGGCUCGUGUUUUGACAGACAAGCCACCACCACCUAAAAUCUUUUCUGAGCUAGCAAAACGGCGCAAUGAGCAGCAAAAGAAAAAAGAGCCAGAUGGGUUAGUUUUAUAUUUUACAUCACAGUUUAAAUCGAAAACAAGAAAAUGAUUAUAAAUUUAUAGAACAAUGAAGUUUAUUCAAUUUUUUUAUUUUAAAAAUGUGGUCCCCAAACAAUUUAUCAUCAAUUAUUAUAUUUUCACUUGUGUCAUGGCUUAUUUGGUGUAAUAUUUUAAGAAAUAAAAUACUACUAAAUAAUACUAAGAUGCUACAAAAAAUGCUACUAUUGCUAUAUUGUUACUCAUGAAAUUUAGCACAGACUGAUUCCUUGACUUAAGCUCUCUGCUGCCAAACAAGAAACCCAUGAAUCAGAAGUUUCUAUUAUAGAAAACAUGUCAUUAUAAAUCAAUUAGUGCAUUUUUUUACAUUGUUAUAAUAAUUUUUAUAUUUUUAACAGCUCUAUCUCCUGGCGGAAUGUCUUAAGAAUUGCUAUGAAUUGUUAACUUGCCUUUAUGUUUAAAAGUUUUUACAAUAAUGAUGUCUUUUUUUUUUAAAAGGACUUUAAUGGACAUCAUUUGGAAUACUGUGACAACUGCUGGGGUGGCACUUUUAGUAAGUUUUAAAAAAAAAAGUAAUAAAAAGCAGUUAAAGAAAUUAAGUUUUUAUUUAACACAAAUUUCAAAAUUAUGUGACAUUACCAACAAAAUUACAUAAAUUAUUUGUAUUAAUAUUCUGGCCAUCAUGUCCCUAUUAUCAAUAUUAAUCACAAAAAAAAUGUUUUCAUUUCAAAAAAACAAUUGGAAGAGAAAGGAUCAGCUCCACUAAGUUUGUUUAAUAAUUCAUUUACUUUCAGAUCACUUUUCUAAUACAGACAGGCUGCUCAUCUAUAGCAAGUUUAUUUGGUAAAAGUUUCACUAAACAAAUACUCACUUCAAUCUAUAUUUAUGAAAUAAUCCAAGACACUAGAAACAAUACUUUAUAUUUUCUAAUGAUUACAAUGCAUUUUUGACAAUCAAUAUUGAAUGUUGGAUGGAUUUUUGGUACUUCAAGUUUAUCAAUUAGAUUACAAAAAUAUGAGAUAAAAAUUUCACUGUUAACUCUGACUUAUGAUGAUAUAAGUCAACAUAGAGGAAAAUGGACGAAAUUUUACUUUCGAUUCUCAUUAUCUACUUUAACCACUGCAAAUACUAUUGCGACACAAUACACAUUAAACAAAAUUUUAGACCUCCAGCUCAUGUGAAAUAUUUUGUAUAUUCUCUUUGUUCACUCUGGAUAAUGUCUAUCACAACUAAUAUCAAAUUGCUUAUCAAUGGUUUAUGCUAUUCACAAAAUUUUCACACCCCAGGCCUCAAUAUUUUCUGAAAUCCUGUUCACAUAAGCUACCAAUAAUUAGUGGAACAGCUACUCUCAGAAGUAAAUUGACUAUUUUAAUCUUGUCAAAAGUUUGCUUUUUAUUUUGAACUAGGGGCAGAAUUAUAAAGAAACUAACAAAAAAAAGAAAGAAUAAGAAAGAAAGUCAGAGCAGAAGAAAAAAAGAGAAAGAAAGAAAAUGAAAGAAAUAAAGAUGGUACUCACCGGGUGCUUUGAUAAAAUGCAAUCAUAAUCCAAAAACUGAAUGAAAAGGAGCAGUAAAUCCAUUUUUUUUAAAAAUUAAAAACAUGAGCUUUUUAAUAUCCUCUGGUGCCAACAAAUCCACGAGUUAAAUGAACAUUUAAAUUCAAUGUUUGAUAACUUGUUUGUUUUUUUUUCUUACUAGGAGACCACUUUAAUCACGGCCUGGCAGUGUCAGCAAUCAUCUUGAAUUUUUUGUGGUGGUUCCCCAGCAUGGCAGUCAUUAAGCUCACCAGUAUAAUAAAUAAUAAUGUACGUUUUCAUGAUACUUGCUGAUGAAUCAAUUAUGAUUUCUACCCUAAUUGGCGAUGUUUCAAAGAGUAAUAAUUUUUCUGUUGACUUAAAUUUCUUUUUUUAAAUUUAAACCCCUUAUUAGUUGAAGUAUAUUUUUUUUUGGUACUACCUACAGUAAAAUAAUACUUUAAAAGACAAUUCAAGUUAUUACAGUUAUAAAUUUAAUGGAAAAUGAAAUUAAUUAUAUAGAGGAUAAUUUAUAUAUUUUUUAAAAUUUAAAGUAUCUGUUGUUUCUUGUUUUGUAGUGUCUGCUAAAGAAGGCAUCUAGCUGAAACGUCCGUUCAAAUUGUCCUAUCUUUUCUUAUGAAGCCUAAAAAUAUCUUGUUCUACUAUUUUAUAUAGACCUUGGUGCAUGUUUUUUUAAAACAAAAAAAGUGUAUUUCUGCUAGCAAUGUACUAAGGGUAUUUAAAAAAAAAAUCCAUUUUGAUACAUUACAUGUUUACUUAUUACUUUCCCCCCUUUAUCUUGUAUUACAGGAAGUUGCCGACAAAGUAUUUUUAUACAAAUAUGGCAGGCCUAAAUACACAUCCAUUGGUGCAACAGUUAGUGAGUUCAUAUUCAGCAGUAUCUACCAAUUUAUAUUUAUUAUUCAGGUAAUAUUUUAAGACAAUUUUCUGACAGCAAUAUCCAUGCUGUGUUUCAUAUCACCUGGUGAUGACAUUACAAAUCAAAACAUUUUUUUUAAUGAAACCAACAUAUCAGAAUUAAAUCACAACCAGAAAAAAAAAAAUUAAAUUUUAUAAAAAUCAAAGUUGCGAUGAGGAUUUAUAAAUAUGUUGACUAUCAACAUUGACAUUAGAACUGCAAUUUAAUUCAAUCCAAAUUUAUAUUUAAAGAUAAUUUGCUACCGGGUCUAAUAUACAGAGCAUAAUCAGCCUAUCUCAGGAUGUAAAAACAGCUGUUAUAAUAGAUGCUGCACUUUUUCUCCUUCCACCCAGGCAAGCAUAGUGUGUGUCUUGAUACCAUGGCCGUGGUUGGCUGUGCUACUAGACUGGCUGCACUACUCCCUCUUCUAUGCUGUCUAUGCUUUUGAGUACAAAUGGGCAUUGUUAGGUGUGCAAUAAAUCUUUUUUUUUCUUCUAUGAUAUUUUCAAAAUGUUUUUUUUUUUUAAAGACUGCACAUAUUCCUUGAUUUAUGAAAGAAAUAUAUGUUCGCACAUAUUUUGAUAGAUUUAUUCACCUCUAACUGACACCGAACAGUUAUUUUGAUGCUUUAAAUGAGGCCCUCAAAGUUGAAAAAAAAAAUGGCCCUGAAUUGUUUAUUUUACCAGGCAUACCAGGACAUACUCGUGUUGCUCAAAUAGAGAACAAUUGGCCCUACUAUUUAGCAUUUGGUCUGCCUAUUCACCUGGCCAUAGGCUACUGGGAAUCUCUCUACACCAGGUCAGUUAUAUUUUUAUGGAUAAAUUACUUUGAAGCUAUUAAAAUGAGAAGACAUACAACAUUAAUUUGUAAUUAAUAAGUAGUUAAAAAAUCAACCCUAAAUAAUCAUAGUUUACUUUUUUUUUCCAAUGACUAGGACAAUGGCCUUCACCUUACUGUUUCCAUUCAGCAUACUUGGUGCUACAGCCGCCAAUCCACCCAGAAAACCUUUGUAAGUGUAAUUUGCUUUGGAAUUCUUUGUACCGGUAUGCACUUUAAAAUUUUAAAAUUAUGAAAAAAUCCAUUCUCAUCUUUUUUUUUUAACCCUGUCAUUACUCCUGAGCAUACAUUGCAAUGCAAUUAUUCCGAAAAACAAAUCACAUGGCCAUACAGAUUCUGACUUACCAUGACCAAGCAAGUGGUUUUUCUAUUCUCAUAGUGUUGUACUGUGUCCAUCUAGAAGCCCCCCUCCCCCCAACCCCCACCCUCUCUGUGUAAAUUAGUUGCAGAAAUUGUGUUAGUUUAUCUGACGUUUCAUAUUAAUCAAUGGGCUUCCACACUGUUGUGGCUUUUGUACUGAGAGCACCUACAACAUACUAAUUUUUAAAAUUAUGGCGAUAAGUCUGCAAUGCAGUUCCAGAUUAGAACCAUUGCUGAUGGUGAGUCCAUCAUGGUGCGAAACUGUUCUCAUCAGACAUCAUUAUAAUCUCUAUUUAUAUUUUGCUUGUGGUGUGACUGCUUCCAUUUCCGGAUAGCAUGCCAAAUAUAAUUCCUGAUAACUACGCUAAAUGAUUUUUUUUUUAAAUAAGUGCGUUUGGUGCAUAAUAUUUUCUUUUCCGAAAAUGAAAACGUCUCAAUUUAAAUAUGGUGUAAUAAAUAUUUGUUUUAAAAGAGGUGGGGAUAUCAGAAUAUUAUUAUUGUUCUUGGGCGUGAAAUAAAAAAUGUAGCAAAAAUUGGGAUUCUUAAAUGUGUGUUACUUGAGUUCAUGUUUUGUCAAGUAAGGAGAUGGGAAGUUCAUAGAUUGCUGUUGCCAAUGUUUGGUGAGCUAUAACUAGUAACCAAUAUUUUCAUUCAAGUGGGUAGAUAUGAUGAGUGCUUUUAUUCUUAUUACGAGUCAAAAAUAAUUUUCACUGGCUCAGAAUGGGAAAGUUUAAUUUUUGAGUUUGGAUUUUUUAGAUAAAUAUUUCAAAUUCUCUCUAAGAUAUAUUUCAAAAUAUUAUCAUAACUAUGUCAGUAAAAUAUUUAUCUGCUUUUUUUUUUUUUUUUUUCAGUUCUUUCCCAAUUCAUAUAAUGUUUCCUUCUUUAUAUGUAACAAAUUAAGCGUACAAAUUUUUGAGUUUGGAUUUUUUAGAUAAAUAUUUCAAAUUCUCUCUAAGAUAUAUUUCAAAAUAUUAUCAUAACUAUGUCAGUAAAAUAUUUAUCUGCUUUUUUUUUUUUUUUUUUUCAGUUCUUUCCCAAUUCAUAUAAUGUUUCCAUCUGUAUAUGUAACAAAUGAAGCGUACAAGUUUCUUAAGAAACCAAGCAAUAGAAAGGUAGGAAUCUAAUGAAUUAUAAUUUAAUCAAAUAAAUAUUUUCAAAUGGUUGUUCAAUAUUUUAAAUUAAAAGGAUUUUCAUCUGGUUAUUAAAAGUGUAACGUCUAAUUACUUGGGCUACACUGGUCAUACAUGUUUAACUAAUGAAUUGAAUAAUAUUGUAUUGGUCAUGUAAAGUUCUGACUCGGAAGAAAUCCAGUCAUAUAACUUAUAUGCUGGGUUUUGUACUAGCUACUGAUACUACUGUUAAUACUGAUGCUACUGAUACUUCUGAUACUACAUAUACUUCUGAUGCUACUGAUACUAAUGAUGUUACUGAUGCUAAUGAUGUUACUGAUGCUUCUGAUGUUACUGAUGCUGCUAAUACUUCUGAUACUGCUGUUACUUCUUAUACCACAUUUAUAUACAAAUUUAAAAUUUUUUUUUAUCAGCCUGCAACUAGAGACAUUGAUCAGCCAACAAGAUAAUGAUAAAGAACUGCACCAAUCAUCACUGUACGGAGUCAUCCCUGUGCCCAGUCAACAUUGUACCAAGUUAUCAUUGUACCGAUUUCAUCAUCUUUCAAUGAGUUCAAAGGAUUUCUUUGUGCUGCUUUUUAUCAUUUGCAUGUUGUUUUUUUUUAUAAAAAUCAAAUUUUUUUUUUUUAAUCAGUUCGAUUCUUUGUUUUUAGACCCGCUGUCUUUCUUAUUACGACGCAGAGUGUACCAACGCUUUCAUGUCAAUAACGCAAAGAACGUCAUCUUAGGGAACAUCUGUAGCAUCCCGUGAACACUCUCCUAUAAACCGAUACACAUCAUCAAGUUGUGUUCACAAGUAAUAACAAGAUUUAGCCAACUCAAUUUUUUGUUUAAAUGCGAUAAAAAAAAUAAUCCAUCCAUCCUGGUUUAAUUUUAUCAGUUCACCUUGGCCAAAUUAGCAUUUCUCAAUUUUUUUCCCCACAAGGGAAAGGAAAGCAGAAUACCAGAUUUACCCUUGUAUGAUGUCAGAAGCGAUUAUCACUAGUCUCAUGAAAGUUUUGGCAAUUGUUGCUCUAAAUCAUGAAUUAUUUGAAGACAAAGACUGCUGUAUAGCAAGGAUGCAGCUGUGUGUAUUUCACAUCGUUUAGAGAUCUGUGGACAUAAGUGGUUCUUAUGCAUGAACGUUUGUAAUAGACAGUGAGCCAACGAAAGUUAGUAAGAGAUAGUGAGCCCAUAAAUAAAAGUUAGUAAGUGAAAGUGAGACAAUGAAAAAUGGUAAGGGAUUACAAGGCAAUGAAAGCCAGUAAGGGAUUAUGAGCCAAUGAAAGUUAGUAAGGAAUAGUUAGCCAAUGAAUGUUCGAAAUAGUGAGCCAAUGAAAUAUGUUUGAAUUGUAAAUGAAAAACUGAAAAUGGAAUUCUAUUUUUACACUGUUGUAUGUAACUUAUGUUAGUGAAGUGAUAUGUGGGCUUUGUUCAACACUUUCUUCCUUAGGAUAGCAAAUGAGUUGAUUUUGAUUUUAUAUCUGAUGUUGGUCUAAAGGUGCUAAUUCGUUGUGCCAUUUUGUAAAAUUAUGAUUUGAUUUUAAAUCAUUAGUUCCUUCCAUGAAAGCAUUGAAAGGCCACCUGUUGUACAUUGCCCAUAGUCAUUAAUGCUGACUGGUUUUAAGUUGCAUUCAUUUAACACAACUUUUUUUUUUUCUAUUUUACAAACGGCAAUAAGUUCAAGUAAUUAAUGAACGUGUUUUUAUAUUGUUAACGUCACUCUGUAUAUUUUGAUUAAGAAUGUCUUUUUUUUUUAUUUUUAUUUGUCACCAAUCUUUAUUUUAUAAGCAUCAGGAUAGUAUAGACAGCCUAGUUUUGAUCUCAUCACGAAGUUGGCUUCUGUCCUCUGUGGUUGAGAGGAUUUACCUACUCCCCAAGAAUUGCUGCCUUUCUGGGCUCUUGAGUUCUUUCAACACAGCUAUUUUUGAUCAACAGGUGAAGACGCCAUUCAACACAUUUAAAUACGUAGUGUCUUGGUUAUGACUCAGAUGUUCUACCAUUUCCCCAAAGGGCUAACCGAAAAAUGGCUAAGAGCUGGAUACCUCACAUUACCAUGCUUACUUCAAGGUUGGCACUGGACUGAAACAGUCUGGGAACCAUGUGCUAGCUGAAAUUUAUUUCUUUUGAGUAUUUGUUAGAGCCAAGCUUAUGACCAAAGUAAUUACUUCUACCUGCUUAAUGCAAACAUAGCUCCAUAAAAUCAGUUAUACUUUGAUGUUUUCACAUAGUAACUGUUUUAUACCAUGUCAAGGCUUACCACCUAAGUACUUAAUAUUAAAGUCAAGAAUUUACCUCUGAAUACCGGUACCAUAAAAUCUCAAUCAGGCUUAUUAUUUUUAAGGUUUGGUCCGCAUGAUAAAAAAAAUCUGGACAGCAAAUGGAAACUAUUAUUAAAUAUGCAAUAAAAUAAGUAAGGUUUUUAUAUAACUAAUGACUCCUUUGAUCAUGAAAAUCAAAAUGUUGUGGUAUAUUUUCAAAAAAAAAUGUAAAUGUCUUUUAUAAGAUUCAAAGCAAUUGAGAUGACAUUUCAGUCCUUUGGUGAUUUCAAUGUGACAUUGCUAAGUUACAAAAUAUGGAUAUGUUGUCAACUUUCAGAUUCUUCCCUAACAAUUUGCAAUAAACCUCUCAUAGUUUAUUCAUUUUUUUAGAUUAGAGAUAUUUCAUAUUUCAGUCAAACAGGAGCCACACAUUUGUCCAAAUUAGAAAUGUUGCGCACUUUCCCCAGUGCAGAAGUGUACACUAAAUAAACACAAUCAACCCAUCACUAUCAUAAAUGAAGUGAAACUUUCCCAAAGUGGGUUCACUUGACAAAAUUAUGCUUCACCUAUUCUAACAAAAUUACUCUGCCCAGUAAGGAAAACUAAAUGACCUUUCUUUUUAAAAAUAAAAAAUUCUAUGAUGAACUUAGCCCAAUUAAAACUCUUAAAAUCUCAAUGCUGAUACAAAAUAUGACAAAACUAAAGAUACGGGAGCAACUGAAACCAACAGGUUGUGGGCACUAAGAAAACUGUUAAACUGAAAUGAAUUCUUUUAUAAAAUUUCAAGAUUUAAAAAAAAAAGAAAAAGUAACACGUUUCGAGAGUCCUAAUAUGAUAUUUUUUAUUAAUAUAGACGUGUGUAAACGUAGUAUCAGCUUUGACUUGUCGUUGCUCUUUAUAUUUUUGAAAAGCCAACUAUGAUUGACUAGUGUGUGUAUUUCUAAUAUGGGACCAAUUGUAAUUUGAAAAAAGAGUUAUUUUACUUAGCUUAUGUUUGCUGCGAGAUGUCAUGUGUGUGUUUUUUAUACUAUACUUUUUACAUUUGAAUGUACCUUAUUAACAUUUGUGCCAG